ACGUAUUUGUGCAAUUUAAUGAGCGAGCGAGCUUCUUGACAAAUCUGUAAAUCAACACAGAAUGCAAAUAAUAAUUAAAGUUCUAAAAGGACAAGAUUGUAGCUUGGAUGUUACCUCGUCUACCACCAUUUAUCAGAUCAAGCAGGAAAUAGAAAAGAAACUAAACAUACCUUUGAGUGCCCAAAAAAUAUUAAUACUCGGCAGAACGUUGAAUGAUGAUCAACCCAUAUCUGCUUACCCAAAUAUUAAAGAUGGUACUAAAUUGAAUUUAAUUGUGAUAAAACAAGACCUUAAAGAUAUUAUACACCGCUCAUUUCGUAAAUAUUACAAUGAAAAUCAAUCAGCGCAGCUGACCAAAGAGUUUAUGAUGGACUUUGAUAAAAAGCUGAAAGAAUUCAGCCUGGACGACAUAGAACGUAUAGCGGAACAGCAAAUACCAUAGUUGGAUUUCUUUCUUGUCAAAUAUGUGCAAAUUGUGUCUCUAUUUUUUUAAUAAAAUUAUAUAUUAAAACACCUA